UCCUCAACUUCUCACCCCUCUAUUAUCAACAUUCUUUGUCGCUUUUUAGAGACUGUGCCGUCCUACGACACUCUAUAGAAUAGGGUGCAAGGCGCGGAAGUGCUGAUUUUAUAGAUCGAUUCUCCGAGAACUGGCAUAUUACCCCUUGCAGGCCGACUGACGGGUAGGUAGUCCACUAUACAGCCGAUAGCUUGCGGAUCAAUUUCUUUCUUUCUUCUUUUUUGUACCCCUCAGGAUAGUGCAAGUGGGAAAAUGAGCAGCAAUAACUAUGAAAUCGCAAAACAGAGCUUAUUGGAUGAGGUCCGAAACUCUCGGGCUCAGGAUAUAGAAGGGGUGCUGUGUCCCUCUCUCGACGAAAUAUUCCUGGAGUCGGCACAAUUACCUCCGGCAACAGAACCACCCGGCAUGGCAGUGCUGUCAGUAAAUGAGCAAGGAGAUCUUCUGCAAUUUGUGGAGAAUACGUUGAAAGAAGCAGAGCUGAAUAACGGCCCGCCAAACUUUGAGGAUGUGCCGGGCGUUUUGUUGAAGCUCUGGCAUGACCAAUCCGAGUUCUUGACACAAGCCACCGAAGCUCUGGCAAAUGGAAGCAGGAACCCUUCUCUUCGUCCUGUGUAUGGCCAAGCGGGCAUUUUGAAGUUCUUCCUUGAGCUUAUAGCUUCGAAAGAAGUCGUCGAAAGCAACCUUAUUCUUCAUUGCUUGAGGCUGAUUGGAAACUCAUGCGCUGAUACAGAUGAGAACCGGGCUACUGUGGUGAAGGACAAUUAUACAUUUGCCAUUUUACGGCAAUUACAGCGGCCGGAACUCAUAAAAGUCGUGAUACCUGUUAUAUAUAACUUAUGUGUCGACUUCGAGCCCGCUCAGUCCCAGUUGGCGGGAAACAAGAUAGUGUAUAUCCUUUUGAAGUUAGUCAAAGACAAGGCCUUCCAGGGAAACGACACUUUGCUUGACUAUGUUUACGAGCUGAUAGAACUAGUGGGUGAACAAGACCAAGGCAUUGCUAGGUCCCCGGAUGGAACUAUUUCACUCCUGGUAGCGUGUGCACUGAACAAUGAGUCUGGACAAACUCUAUCCCAAUAUUGUUGUCUCUCAAACUGCAUGACGGCAUAUUUAAACAACAAUAGAUUUCAAGACAUCUGCAUAUCAAAACGCAUACUUCCCGACAUACUAUCAGUACUCAAAAGAUCGCUGUCUUUCAACACCCUGGCCUCAAGUGACGAUGCGAAGGCUCUCAUACAGUCACAACUGAAAAUCAACCAGGCGUUAGCAGAAGUAUCAGCGUCGCCGGCUUUUGCAGAGACAUACCGCUUAGAUGAUCCUUUGUCACAAACACUCAAAUCGUGGUUGAGCAACCCAGAAGACCAACUCCAAAUAUGCGCCUGCAUCAUGCUCGGUAAUCUGGCUCGAUCCGACGAUAUUUGUGUGACAAUGGUUAAGAAACUGCAAAUCCACGAGGAACUGAUAGUUAUUCUCAACAGCAACGCUAAAGGGGCAACUCUUCACUCGGCGCUCAGCUUCCUCAAGAACCUGGCAAUUGCUGGUGACAACAAGAUCUUUAUGGGCGAGGCUGGGAUUAUACCAGCUAUCGCCCGACUCUGGAACUACGAAACUGUCCCCCAGGUUCAACUCGCAGCAACUAGCCUCGCCCGGCAGUUGGUCAAUCACUCCGUGGAGAAUAUCAGUCGAUUACUGCAGCCCGCUACAACCUCUGCAGUAGUGAAUGAGAAUGACGGUGAACGAACGUACUUGUCAUUACUCCUUGCAUUAUUUGAAAGAUCCGACUCGACCCCUAUAUUGACUGAGAUCGGACGCAUAACAGCAUGCCUUUGUCGCACAAUCAUUCCCAGAUCCAAGGCUGGUGACCAGAGCCAUUUAGUUGAUUCCAUUCUCGAACGUCUAUUUACCCAUAAUGAGGGCAUAGCAUCUCCGCUUGGUGCUAUGGUAACGCAGACCCAAUGGCCUGUUGUCCGGAGCGAGGGGUGGUUUGCCCUUGCACUUUUGGCGUCUACCAAGACUGGUGCUGAGGCAGUUAUAGAUGGCCUGCAAAAGAUUGACGGGUUCUCAUUGAUUGAACAGACUCUGAGUGCUGAAGAGCCGGCUUCGGAUAAGGAGACGGAUAAAGACCAAUGGCGCAAAGACCGUGACAACAUUGUCGUUCUCGUGCAAGAAUUACUAAAAAAUAAAGAGAAUAAGCCUGACGCUGUGGACGGGUCUUGGAACUCCAGGGUCCAAGAUUUAAUGAGCCAACAUGUCUCGAAGUAUCUCAAACAGGAUAAAUGACUGGCUCUACUGCCUAGCUGAGAUCAUACCUUUUAAACUGGUAAAUAUGCUCAUACACGCAAAUUUUUGGCUUGAGUAUUUGAAUAUAAUGAGACGACUCUUUGAGUGUUGCAUACUUUGGCUUUAGAUGAAAGGCAGGUCUUGGCCCAGUAGGCCAUUUAUUUAUUUACUGUUAUAUCUAUAGUAGAGUGCCUGAUUGAUUGUGGGCAGACCAUCUCUAGCGCAUAUGACCGAUAUCUCCAGAGCACAUCUGUAUCUUCAAGUUCCUCUGAGCCACGAUCAGACCCGUAGUGGGCGGCUAGACCCUUUCCAUCGAUUAUGAUAUCUUGCGUUGCACGACUCCCAUUUCUAGGUGUUUUCAAGCCCGUUUCCCGCAAACCACCAUUGUGCAUAAACG